AUGACAAAGAGAAAGAACGAUAAGAACAACAAAUACAAGAAGAAGGCAGUAGUGCCUGUGGUUCCAAAGGCACCUAAAAAGACAAAAAAGGAAAGAAAAAUAGAGAAACUAAAGAGACGUGAAGUCAGACUCAAACAAGAACAGAAAAUGGAACGAAAGAAUCAACUAAAGAGUCAAUUACAACAAGAACAAGAUGGUAGUGAUAUUGAAUAUGAUGAUGAAGGUGAUGAUGAAUCAUUUGAUGAAGAUAUGGAUGGUAGUGGUCAAGAAGAAGAGGAGGAAGAAAAACAAGAUGUCUAUGAAGGAUCAUACAAUAAAAAGGGACAAAAGGAAGGUCAUGGUGUGUUGACAAUGGCAGAUGGUUGUAAAUAUGAAGGAAUUUGGAAAAGAAAUCAAUUGGUUGGUAGAUGUAAAGUAACCAUUGAUGAUACUAGAAUUGAGGGAACAUCAGUAGAUUGGGAAAUGCAUGGAGAAUGUAGAGAAUAUAGUGUUAUGACUGGAGAGGUUACUUUUGAAGGACAAUAUAAAAAUGGUGAGAGAAAUGGACCGGGUAUCAUAUACUUGGUAGACGGUGGAAAGAUACAUGGUAUUUGGAAGAGUAGUCAGAUGGAUGGACAGUGUACAUACUAUUAUCCAGACCACAGAUUCUCAAUCAAGGGUAAAUGGAAAGACGGUGAUUUUGUAAGUGGUCGUGCUAUAGCACCGAAAGGAGUGCCACCAAUAGACGACGAUGUGGUUGAAAUCAAGAGAGAUGAGGCUACCGACACUUUAAUCUCUUCCGAUCCCCUCCAAGCCGAUCCAUACGAACAACACUAUGUGUUUGUCGCACCAUCCACUAUACCCAACUCGAAUGAAGGGUUAUUUGCCAAACGUGAUAUUCCAGCCAACCGACUCGUCUCUUUUUACAAUGGGCUUCGUAUCGACCCCAAGAUUGCCGAUGAACGUGACUGGUCGUUCAACUCCAACACUAUGUUUUUGGACAAAGAGACGUAUAUCGAUAUUCCACCCAGCCACUCCCUCACCACGCAGUACUGUGCCUCGUUGGGACACAAGGCCAACCACAGCUUCCAACACAACACUGUCUACAAGACAUGCUACCAUCCACGUUUCGGAGACAUUAAAUGUGUCACCAGUAUCAAACCAAUUGCCAAAGGCGAGGAAAUCCUCGUCCACUAUGACUAUGAAGAAAAGGAUAAACCUGCUUGGUACAAAGCCAUCGAAGAGGUUCAUCAACAACAACAAAAUAAACAACAAUAA